GAACGACGCUACAGCUGUCUACGAGGAAAGAGAAGGAAAGGGCAAAUAUGGAAUUUUUUUUCUUUUUCUAUUUGUUCGUGUUCUUCUUGCGCCUCCCCAACCAUUCACCUAAUCAAAAUGUCACAUUAAACGAAACCAAAAAACAAUGUAUCUUAAGCUAUAACAAAUUAAAAGUGUGUUAUAAUAAACAUGCUUCGAACUGUACGAUGUGUGUUAGGUUUCAUAUAGUUUAACUAUGGACUACUUUCAUUAAACAUUUUAAAAUAACAGUCUAUACACUCUAGAAUAUACUUGCUCAUUAACGAAACAGUCAAAAGCGUAUAGGUUAUGAUUAAUAUGUUCAAAGAGUUAGCAAAGAAAAAGUUGAACGAAGACUUUAGCAGCCCCCUCCUAUUCUUUGGCCAUAACAAAUUUGCAGCGCCACCCUCUGAUAAAAGGGGACGGUCUUAACCGGAACGCGGGACUGUAAAGAGUGAGUGUAACAUCAGAAUUUACCAACUUUUUUUCUUCUGUCCCGUUUUGUCCUUGGCUAUUUCGAGUUGCUUUACUCACCGCUAUGCCGGCAUAUUGACUUGAAGACCCAGGACAUUUUUUAGGGUUGUAAGUGUUGCCAUGGCACCAUUCGGAAGAAACUUUCUCAAAGCGCGUUUGAGAAACAGGUCUGAAAGCAAAGACAAAGCUCUGCCAGCCGGAGAGGAGAUACAGGUGUGGGUGUGCCAGGAGGAGAAGGUGGUCUGCGGGGUGUCCAAGCACACCACCUGCGCCGAUGUGGUUCAGGCCCUGCUGGAGGACCACAAGACUGCCACGGAGGACAAGAGGUCCCUGCACGGUGAGCCCAAGGAGUACUGCCUCCUGGAGAGGUGGAAGGGCUUCGAGCGAGCUCUCCCCCCGCUCACUCGGAUCCUCCGGCUUUGGAACGCCUGGGGGGACGAGAAGCCCUUUGUGCAGUUUGUUUUGCUGAAGACCAGUGAGUCUGUGACACUGUGCACCAAGAGGUCCUCCAAGCCAAAGGGGGCAUUGUCAAAAUCAAAAAGAUGGGAACAAGGCCCAGCCCAAUAUGUCAAAUUGCUGCCCGUGGACAGGCAGAAGAGGAUGGUGAAAAAGGCUUUUCGGAAGCUGGAGAAGAUCCGCAAGGAGAAGACACCCACCCAGGACAGGGAUGAAGGGGGGAUCAGCAGCUUGGUCCAGCUUAUCAUUGCUCAGGACCAUACCAUCCAGCAGCAGAUCCACAGAAUGAGAGAGCUGGACCUGGAGAUUGAGCGGAUUGAGUGGGAGCUGUCUGCCAGUCCUGACCAGGAAGGCUGGAGUGUCUCCGACCGCAUGGGUGACCAGCUUCAGGAGUAUCUGUACUCCACUGACGGCAUCGAGCAGCUGGAGACACAACUAAUGAAGCACAGGGACCUCAUCGAGAAGCUUUCCUGCGACAUUGAUUCAGAAAUAAAGAGCAGAUGCGUCACGGGCACCCAGGAGCCACAGGGGGCAGCGGCGAGCGUGGACUUUGACGCAGGUGACGCAGGCUGUGACGAUGCCGAGCUGGAGGGGCUGAGGCGAGACUUGGAGCGUAGCAUGCGCCAAGGUUUAGCCUUACAAGCGCAGGUGACAGAACUGGAGAAGGAGCUGAAUGAAAAUGAGGGUGUUCUGAGCUCAAAGAGCCAGGAGUGUGAGCACCUGGCAGUGCAGCUAAGCUAUCUAUGCACUGCCGACAGCCCAGCAUGCACCUUCUCAGAUGGCCCUAGUUGCCAGGCAAGGGGCUGUAGUGUACAGAACAAGCUGGGUCAGAUCCUGUCACAGGCAGAUGCCGCGGACACCGAUUCAGACACGGGAAUAAGCUCCACCCACAGUCAGGACUCCCUGUCACCCUACGGGGACAUCCUUCCACCUCUGGACACAGAUGUGUAAUCAUUUUGUCAGAAUGAAACUUUUGAUUGAUCCAUGCAGUGUUAAAACACUUAUACCUUAAAGCUAGAGACAAUAUUCCAACACCUUCCAUAGUCCAGUUUUCAAGGUGCUGCAUCUGCCGCUCUGUUGUAUUUGCAUUUGUAAAUCUCAACAGGAUGUGCUCAUUAGCAUUUUUAUUAGAUUUUUGUUUUUACCUUUUUAAUAUUUAUAACUUUGAAGGUCCCAUAAACAUGUCACCCUUUCAAAAAAAACAAAUAAUUAAUGAGCAGAUUUUUAAAAUAGUUCAUAAAUAGUUAAUAAAAUAAUAUGAAAUGUAUAUAUUUUGAAAAAAUGUAAAAGCAUAUACAGUGACGCUCCCAGAUACGGCUGUAAUUUGAAAACAUGCAGCUAUUGCAGUGUGCUGUACAUAACUAUUCAUAAUCCAAGAAUUCCAAAGCUAUUGUUGCACAAGUCCAUAUUCAUAAGUUACCAGGUGAAUGAAAAUAACUUAUUCUUUAUGGGAUAUAUAACCUGCAUUUGUAAUACAUACUGAGAAGUGCUUCAUAAAACAACCUCCUGUGGAACAUAAACACAACAAUAUGCAUUAUUUAGCUGUCUCUUUCAUGGAAAAAUGUUAUGUUUAAUAUAUUUAUAGCUCUAAUAUAAGAGGUAACUUAACCACACAUGCUGUUAUAUAUUUUUUUUACAUAUUUCAUUUUUAGUGCAAAGUAUUUUAAGCAAAUAUUGCUUGUUUAUUUAAAAUGUAUAUAUUGUAUUUUUUUAGCAUACUAAUGUACAAUUGAGUAACCUUUAGUGUAGACACUCUUCCUGUUACAACCUCCAGUGUUAUGUUGAAUAUGAAUCUCGAUAUCAAAUACUGCUUACGAAAGAUCACCACAUCCAUGCCUGCAGUUUAUCAGCAAU